GUGGCACAGGUAAACACACAGGACACAGAGGGCCCAUACUGCAGUCCAGUCCCCUGACUCAUCCCCCCUCCCCCACCCACCUACAGUACUGUUGUCACAACUGGAGAAGUGUCCUGUGCAAGCCUGGUCAGUCUGAGUGGGCGUUUGUCCAUCUACAGUACUUCAAGUGACCCGAAACCCACGCAGGGAGGUCAACCAUCCUGGGAGGGCGGACAGGAGAAACAGGAAGCACUAGUGGGAGAUUACAGUACUGGGUGACUGGAAGUCAGCAGAGCAUCCUAACGACAGAUGUCUUCAGGCUGGGAGCUUCUUUUACUAGUCUGUCUAAGUGUAACGCACAGUGAGAGCACAUCAAAAGUGGUGUGAGUGGACUCAGGGAAUAAAUAACCUUGCGGCUAGGCAGACUUCGGUUGUCAGCAGUCAUACAUCCACCAACCGGGCAUUCCGGCCUUGAGAAAUGGCUUCCUUCCAGAACACAGUGAUGGUGAGAACUUCAGCAAUGCAGACUGCAGUUUGCCAAGACAUGAAAAUUUAAACGGGGUCACCUUGCUGUCUUCUGACCCUGCCGUUAUCUAACCACUUUUGUAGCGAUUCGUACUCUCUCCUGGAGGAAUUCUAGAACGUUCUAGUGUGCACCAAAAACCACUUUUCUUGAGAAAUUCACGAAGUUCUACUGUACACGAAACCACUUCUUGAGGAAUUCUGGAACAUUCUACUGUGCACCAAAACCACUCAUCUUGAGGAAUUCUGGAACAUUCUACUGCAGUACACCAAAACCACUCUUCUUGACUUGAGGAAUUCACGAAGUUCUACUUUACACGAAAACCACUCUUGAGGAAGUUCUACUGCAGUACACCAGAACCAUGAGCGGUAGGAAAUCGGACGCGAUCUGUCGCUCGUGCGGGCACGUACACGAGGGAAACGGGAACCACUUGUACGACUACGUCAGCGAGGUGGACGAGGAACUGACCUGCCAGAUCUGCCUCCAGCCGCUCGUCAACCCUCUGGACACGAAAUGCGGGCACACGUUCUGCGCGCGGUGCAUACGCGGCUUUCUGAAGAUGAAGAAGAUGUGCCCAAUAGACAGGCUGGCGCUGACCAUCAGGGACUGUCGCACGGCCAGCAUCAUGGUGCAGAAACUGUUGGACAAGUUGGUGGUGUUCUGCCCAAACAGUGAGAAGUGCUCGGAGACGAUGCAACGCUCGGACCUGGAGGCUCACCUUAUACACAGAUGUAAAGGAACCACAGUGCGAUGCCUUCGGGCGGCAGCUGGGUGUAGGUUUAAAGGAACGCCAGCGGCGCUGAAGGAACACAUGCAGAAGUGCACUUACAAACACACCAUCUCAAUAGACGGUACUAAAAGCAGGUUGUAUAGAACACGGGGUCACCUAAGGCUGGCACAGGGCGAUGACCUGACCUGUGCCUCGAUACGGGACAUGCGUCAGGUGCGGACACCUGUCACCUGCAUCACAGCCAUUCCAAGACUACCUGUACUGGAGGGAGAAAUCACCACCAUCGAGGUGCGAAAGUCGAGUCAGCAGGAGCACCUGGGCAUCAGUGUGGUGGGGGGGUGUGAGACACCGCUGGUUUCGAUGAUCGUACAGGAGGUGUUCAGUAGUGGGGCAAUCGCCACGGAUGGAAGGAUCGGGCCAGGCGAUCAGAUACUGGAGGUGAAUGGAGAAGACCUUCGUGAGCUGACCCACCACCAGGCCUGCAGGGUUCUGAGGAAACCCUGUCCCCUGCUCAGACUCACCAUCCUCAGGGAGAGAGUAGCCGAGGAGAGGACCACAGGCGCUGAAGUACAGGAGACCAUCAAGGUGGAGCUCUGUAAAACUUCAGGUGAGCAGCUGGGCAUCAGGAUCGCGGGACUGCCGGGCACCACGGGGGUGUGUGUGCGAGACCUCGUGGACGGAGGGCUGGCCGCUUCGGACGGGAGACUCCGAGCGAGCGACGUAAUCCUGGAGAUUAACGGCCAGGACGUGAGACACGCCACGUCGGAACAGGCUGCAGAACUCAUACAGGCCAGUGUAGAGAAGGUUGACUUUGUCGUAUCCAGACCGAGAAGACCGCAGCCUCCGGACCUCAUCAAGGGCAUGCUGGAAGCCGACGCUUCGGCCAAGGCACCGGAGGACUCCCGCCCCCCCUCCUUCCAGGACAAGCUGAUCAGCAUACGGAAGGGCGCGCGUGAGUCACUGGGCAUCAGUGUGGCGGGGGGGCGAGCCGGGACCAGGGGCGACGUUCCCGUGUUCGUGACAAACGUACAGCUCGAUGGGUGCUUAGGGGGAAACGGGCAGCUCAGGAAAGGAGACAUCCUGGUGAGCAUUAAUGGUACGACCCUGGUUGGACUGACCCAUGAGGAGGCCGUGGGGGUGCUCAGGGCGUCGGCUCUGUCCCAGUGUAGAGACAUCCUGGUGAGCAUUAAUGGUACGACCCUGGUUGGACUGACCCACGAGGAAGCCGUGGGGGUGCUCAGGGCGUCUGCUCUGUCCCAGUGCAUCCUGCUACGGGCCAUGGCGCCGGCGAGAGAUGCGGACAGCGAUGAUGAUGAUUCGGAGGAUGAUUCAGAAGAGGAGGAUCCCGCAACGGGCAAAACUCCAUCCUGGAUCAUGUGGAUGAGGCUGCCAGAGAUUUGCCAGGUCCUGAAGUCGGUAUAGCUAGAGAGAGGCCAGUCCGGGAGCCUGGGGUUCAGCAUUGUGGGGGGGGGGGGGUGGCAUAGUGGCAUUCGUUACGUUUCGCUGCGAUGUGGUGACUUGAUCCUGUCAGCAAACGGCCACCUUCUGACCGCCAUCUCCCACACCAUGUCUGUCACCCUGCUGAAGAGACUACAGGGCAGCGUCAUGCUGGCUGUGGUGUCCUGGCCGGGAACCAUGCUGUAAUUUACAGUGUAAACCAGCAUGUCGGCUGGAUGUACUGUGUCUGUGCAAAACCAGUAUUGUACUGUGCAUAUAGCCUCCAUAGCAUGCCAAAAAGUGGGGGUCUCCAGGGUCUUUGGGAUCUUUUAUGUGCUAUUUUCUGAUUGCAUAUAGACAACAUAG